AUGACGAGCAGGAACCCUACCAAAGCCCUGCCGCUCCUGGCCACCACUCUUCUCCUCCUCCUGCUCGCGUUCCUCGCGCUGUGCGCGCCGGUCUCCUCCCAGCCGCUCCACUCGGAGCCCAUGGCGACGCAGUCCCCGCCGCCGUCGCCCGCGCCGCCGCGGUCCAGUAUUCCCCGGGCGCAGGCCGGCGGCGCCGCGCGCCUCCGCCGCAUCACGCUCGGGGUCCUCUUCGGCUCCCUCUCCGGCUUCCUCCUCGCGCUCGCCUUCCUCUACGCCAUCCGCCUCGCCAUCCUGCGCGCCAAGAGCACGCCCGCGAUCGCCAAGGGCCCCGUCUCCUUCGCCCCGCAAAUCUCCGCCAAGAACCUCCUGGCCGCGCUCCCCGCCGCGCAGCCGCUCGCCCAUGGGCCCCACGGCAAGUACUACAAGCUGGCGCUCGACAACGACCUCACCGUCGCCGUCAAGCGCCUCGAGGCGGCCAGCCGCCCCGAGGCCUCGCCGUCCAUGUCCCCGAGCGCGUCCAAGUCAGACAUGAGGAGGGUGCAGAGGCAGCUUGAGGCCCUUGCUCGCGUCAGGCACCAGAAUGUGUUGUCGUUGAAGGCGUACGUUCGUGAGGCGGACCGCCUCUCGCUCGUGUACGACUUCGUUCCUGGAGGCAGCCUCGAGGAUGUGAUGAAGAGGGUGAGAUCGCAGCAAGUCAGCCUCAGUUGGGAUGCGAGGAGCAGGAUUGCUGUUGGGAUUGCCAAGGGAUUGAGGCACUUGCAUUUUGAGUGCAAUCCGAGGAUACUCCACUGCAACCUCAAACCGUCGAAUGUGAUGCUAGAUGAAGGUUUCGAGCCAAUAUUGACAGAUUGUGGUGUUGCAAGGCUGAUUGCAGCAGGUUCAGGUGAUCCAGAAUUGUGCAGUGGCCUCUACGCUUCUCCAGAAUGCUACCAAAGCAGCAGGUACACAGAUAAGAGUGAUGUGUAUGCCCUUGGCAUGAUCCUGGGCGUGCUGCUCACUGGGAGAGACCCAACAGACUCUUUCUUCUCCGGAGAAACUGGGCAAGGCGGCCUCGCAAGAUGGCUCCGGCAUAUGCAGCAAUCUGCGGAUCCGAAAGAAGCACUGGAUAGUAACAUCUUGGGGGACGAGGGAGAAGAAGAGGAGAUGCUGAUGGCCAUCAGGAUUGCCAUUGUCUGCCUCUCGGAUUCGCCAACCGAUCGGCCAUCCAGCGAUGAGCUCGUCGCAAUGCUAAUGCAGCUCCACAGCUUAUAA